UAAUUUACAAAAUUUAUCUGAAAAAUGAGUAAGAAAAGUAAAGCAGGAAGUAAUUUAGGACGUACCCUGAUCAAGGAUCGUUUUGGCCAUACGCCCAGGCGAAAAGUCGACAAUGAUUCUAUGUUACACACAACAGAAGUACAGGAUGGCUACGACUGGGGACGUCUGAAUCUCAGUUCGGUUACUGAAGAAUCAUCCUUUCAAGAAUUUUUGAGAACAGCUGAAUUGGCCGGAACAGAAUUUCAAGCUGAGAAACUGAAUAUACAAUUCAUAAAUCCCAAACAGGGUGUGGGCCUACUGUCCCGCAACGAGAGAUUGAAUAUUGAGAAAAAACACAAAGACAACAAAGAUUUAUUGAAAAUUCCACGUAGACCUAAAUGGACACCAGAAACGUCGGCAGAGGAUUUACAAAAGGCCGAACGUGAUAGUUUCUUAGAUUGGAGACGCAAUUUGGCUCUGCUUCAGGAAGAUGAGGAUAUUAUCCUAACUCCCUACGAAAAGAAUUUGGAAUUUUGGCGUCAAUUGUGGCGUGUUGUUGAACGUUCAGAUGUCAUUGUGCAAAUUGUCGAUGCUCGUAAUCCUUUGCUGUUUAGAAGUGAAGACUUGGAAAAGUAUGUCAAGGAAGUUAAUCCCGACAAGAUGAAUAUGAUUUUGGUAAAUAAAUCAGAUUUACUUACUGAGGAGCAGCGAAAACAUUGGGCAGAAUAUUUCGAUCAACAAGGUAUAAGGACAGCGUUCUUCUCGGCAGCCUUGGCCACAGAGGAGCUGAAGGAAGAAGCCAAAAAUAAAGAAGAAAAACCAGCAAAAACUGAGAUCAAGGAAAGAAAGGCACAGGAAAAAGAUAGUGAAGAAAAUGAUCCCACUCCUAAUGAAGAAAAGGAAAGUGAAGGGGAGGAAGAUGAGCAAGAAGAAACACCUGCCGAUAUAUCACUUAAGGAACUUAAAAAAGCGGCCUCUGAAAUUAAUGACACCCUGGAUAAAUUGGAAGCCAAAUUAGAGAAAAUAGAACAAAAACUACCCACACCUGAAGAAGAAAAGGCGGAAAAAUCAUUUAUGAAGAAUAGUUCGAAAUUACUUACCCGCGAAGAACUAAUUGAACUAUUCAAAAAUGUCUACGAUGGUCCAAAAUAUACUGCCAACGUCACGACCAUUGGUUUGGUGGGUUAUCCAAAUGUGGGUAAAAGUAGUACAAUCAAUGCCCUGAUGACAGAGAAAAAGGUUUCAGUCUCAGCCACUCCGGGCAAAACAAAACAUUUUCAAACAUUGUAUUUGGAUAAGGAUUUGUUGUUGUGUGAUUGCCCGGGUUUGGUUAUGCCCAGUUUUGUUUUAACCAAAGCUGAUAUGAUAUUAAAUGGUAUAUUGCCAAUAGAUCAAAUGCGAGAUCAUGUUCCGGCAGUAAAUCUUUUGUGUUCACGUAUACCACGUCAUGUGCUGGAGGAUAAAUAUGGUAUAAUUAUUGCCAAACCUAUAGAGGGUGAAGAUCCCAAUCGUUGUCCACAUUCUGAAGAACUUUUAUUGGCAUAUGGCUACAAUCGUGGUUUUAUGACCUCAAAUGGCCAGCCAGAUCAAUCUAGAUCAGCCCGUUAUGUUUGCAAAGAUUAUGUCAAUGGUAAACUAUUGUAUUGUGUGGCCCCUCCAACCGUGGAGCAAUCAGUGUAUCAUACCUUCCCAGAACGUGUACGCAAAGAGGUGGAAGAAAAAUCACUGCCACAUCAACAGCAAAGGGCAAUGAGGGUCAAAACAAACACCUCUUCAACCGAAUUGGAUAGCAAAUUUUUCACUGGCCAGAAUUCCGCUGCCCAUGUUAAAGGCCGUACCAACUUCCCUCACAUCAGGUUAGCCAAUGAUGGUAGUCUAGUCGAAACCGAUCCAUCAGCCAAACCAUGGCGUAGUGUCAAAAAAGAGAGACGUGAAAAAUUGCGUAAGAAAUUUGGCCAUUUAGAUCAGCAUUAAGGAAA